AUUCAGAUUUUCCAAAGGAUAAUUUAGACUUUUUUUUUCAUAUCACAUUUGUUUUUUGUGUCCAUUGGUGAUGAAGGUGAGGAAGUGAGUUAUGGCUUAGAUUCUUCGAAGCUAAUCACGAACUUAUAAUACAAUCUCGAAGCUGCCCAUGGCCAUGGCCUUUCAGAUUAUAGCUUCGUCUUCUUCUUCACCAACGAUUACGAAAUCUCACCUUAUCUCCUUUCCUUCUCUGCAACCUUCUUAUAAAGCUUCGAAACUUAAUCACUCCUCAUGGUUUUCGCUCAUGGGUUCUUCUCGUUUCUCUCCCUACAUUGGUCUAAAGCAUAUGGGCAUCUCAAUCUCUCCCAAAUCUUCAAACCCAGAGAAGAAGAGAAGAUGUAGUAAGGGUAUGGUGGUUCGUGCGUCUCUGUUUGGCGUUGGAGCACCUGAGGCUUUGGUUAUUGGUGUUGUUGCUUUGUUAGUCUUUGGUCCUAAAGGCCUUGCAGAGGUAGCUCGAACUCUUGGCAAGACCCUGCGUGCAUUUCAGCCAACGAUUAGAGAGCUUCAGGAUGUUUCAAGAGAUUUCAAAAGCACCCUUGAGCGUGAAAUCGGCCUCGACGAAGUCUCAACGCCUAAUGUGUACAACCCGAACAGAAUGAACCCUGGUCCUCCUCGACCACCACCAGUUCUUAACACUGAAGAUCCUGUGACUGCAAGUGAACCCACAGAUGAUGCUCAAUCACCAAAAGCUUACACAACCGAGGAUUAUCUCAAGGUCACAGAAGAGCAGCUCAAAGCUUCGUCUCCCUCCGGUGAAAGCCAAACAGAGGAUCAAACUCAAACUCAAGAAAAGCUAAAACCUACAACUGUACAAACACCAACCGAAGGAGAAAGCCAGCCAGAAGCUUAGUCAUGGGUACAGCGAGAGAAACAACAGCUGCAUCCCCUCCAAGACAAGAUUGAAAAGCACCAAAACUUGACUUGUAGUGUUAAAAACAUAAGCCUCGCACCAUUGAGAAGUUUCGGAGGGAUUUUUUUGAUCUGCCAAAAGAGACGAAUGCAAUUAGUUCUCAGGACAUUCUCACAAAGCAUUCUGUGUUUCUUGAUGAGUUGUGUGUAUUUUUAUGUUCCUUCUUAAUGAUAAUUGGGUUUUAUUAGGCAAAGCUUGGCCGUUAAUGAUAUUCCUAAAUGAUUAAUACAAACCAUUUUUAUAUUCUUGUAAAA